CUGUCUAUUCUACUGCUGUCAAAACAUUGAUUACCGUCUCUACCUUGAUGUUAAUGGGACUGGUCCUAGGCUACCACGCUCUGGAAGUUCAACUCUUCCUGAUCGACAACUGUGCUGAUGACUGGAGGAUAGCAAUGACAUGGGAAAGAAUAACUCUAAUCCUUCUAGAACUAACAAUCUGUGGUGUGCAUCCAGUGCCUGGGGAGUAUUACUUCAUGUGGACCACUAAACUAUCUAACCACGGGGGUCGAGUUGAGUCCACUAAAGUCCCCAUUGAUGUGACAUUAUCGCUUCCCAUGUUUCUUCGUCUCUACCUCAUCUGUCGGGUCAUGUUGCUGCACAGCAAACUCUUUACGGAUGCUUCAUCCAGAAGUAUUGGUGCCCUUAAUCGCAUCAACUUCAACACCAGGUUCGUACUGAAGACCUUGAUGACGAUAUGUCCAGGAACUGUGUUGCUAGUCUUUAUGGUGUCCCUAUGGAUCAUUGCUAGCUGGACACUCCGUCUGUGUGAAAGGUAUCACGACGAGGACCAUGCUAAUCUUCUGAAUACCAUGUGGCUCACCGCCAUCACAUUUCUGUCUGUCGGCUAUGGCGACAUCGUUCCCAACACAUACUGUGGCCGCGGGAUUUCCGUCACCAUGGGUCUCAUGGGCGCGGGCUGUACUGCCCUUGUAGUAGCUGUGAUAGCGAGGAAGCUGGAACUUACCCGGGCGGAAAAACACGUGCACAACUUCAUGAUGGACACUCAACUGUGUAAACGGCUCAAAAAUGCAGCUGCUAAUGUGCUACGAGAAACUUGGUUAAUUUACAAAAACACAAAACUGGUCAAACGCGUCAGCACAGGAAAGGUUCGGACACACCAGAGGAAAUUUCUUCUAGCAAUUUACAGUCUUAGGAAGGUGAAAAUGGACCAACGGAAGUUACUGGACAAUUCAUCGACCAUCACGGAUAUGGCAAAGACACAGACCACCGUUUAUGAGAUUGUGUCCGACAUCAAUCAACGCCAGGAGAUACUUGCAGAGAGAGUGACCUCUCUAGAAGAGAGACUGGGGUGUAUUCAGGAACAGCUUGACGCACUCCCUGAAUUGAUCACACGCUCAUUAGUCCAGCAGCUGACACGCACCGCACAUGGCACUCAGUCUCCUGUCAGCCAACCUCAGGCUGCUGAGAAGAGAAACGCUUACCUUCAUCCUGAUGAUGCCGCGACUUUGGGAUCACGACAUACAUGGUCAUCUGUCACGCUUCCACCUACACAGACUGGACGCGGGGGUCUACUUCCACCUAUGGUGCCUCGAGCAGGUUCAACCGAGAACUGAAAGCUGAGUUCGGAUCC